CAAAUGGAGUCAGCACUCGAGUGGCUUUGGGACGUUAUUGUACAUCCUGUCCUCGAAGCACUGGGGUUCCAGAGACCUAUCCAGGACGACAAAUGGCCCCGUAUCUGGUGGAUCCCUACGGGGCAUCUAAGCCUCUUUCCGCUUCAUGCAGCAGGACGCCAUAUGGAAAAGUCUGCUGAGACAGUCCUUGAUAGGGUCAUGUCAUCAUACAGUCCCUCAAUCAAAGCACUGCUUUAUGGGCGCCAGCACAGCAAGAAAAACGUAGGGUAUACAGCGAAAAAGAUGCCCUCUUAGUCUCUAUAAAAGAUACGCCCGGCCAGCCGAGCCUCGAUUUCGCCGCAAAGGAAAUAGCUAAGAUAAAAAACUCUGCCCGUUAAUGCAGCUGAAUCCAGUUGAGCUACCACAGAAGAGCCGGGAGGAGAUCAUAAGAUACCUACUUACGUCAAGGAUCUUCCAUUUUGCUGGGCGCGGACACUCAAACCCUGUCGAGCCUUCGCAAAGCAGCUUGCUCCUUAGCGACUGGCAGGAAAGUCCUUUGACUGUAGCAGAUCUCCGAGACCAGAGGCUGCAAGAGAACUCGCCGUUCCUAGGAUACCUUUCCGCCUGCUCAACUGGCACGAAUAAUGCAGAGCAACUGGCUGAUGAAGCGAUCCAUCUUGUCAGCGCUUUCCAACUUGCUAGCUUCAGACACGUUAUAGGAACACUCUGGGCAGUAUCCGACAGCCAUUGUGUCGAUGUAGCGGUAACUCUAUAUGAGACGCUUAGGGACGAAGGCAUGACUGAUGAGGCGGUAUAUCGAGGGCUACAUCUGGCGCUUCGUGCACUUCGAGAUAAUAAUAGGGAUCUGGAAUAGAGAAGAGAC